UGAUGGCGUUUUAAUUGUCAUGUUUUAGUCACAUUUUCUGUACAUUCAUUUUAUCAACUUAUGUAGAUUUUGUCCUCUUUGAUAACAAACAAAAAAAAUCUGACUAUUAAGCUUGUGUUAGUCCUGCAGCAGCCAAUGCAAAACUGGUCGUAUAACCGACCUCCUUAGUGGGAUAAAGCUGAUGUUUAUGUUUAUUGAUUUCUUUUUUUCUUGUUUUCUAUGAAGCAUCUUUGUUUAAAGUAUUCAUUUUAAGCGAAUUAAAUCACACCUCUGAUGGUUGACAUGAAAUCAGAUAGCCAAAGGGACAAGCUGAAUGAACUUAAGUGCAUGUUUGGAAAUUCUUCAACAAUUUAUUCUUAAGUCAUAAUCAGUUAUGGUUGCUGAAGGCUUGACUGUAGCUUCCUUCAGGUUUUUGGUUUACGGAACCGGUGUUGUUAAAAAGUGAUUCAAGUAGAUGACUAGAGAAAUCCAAAAUUUUCAGGUUCAAUUGAUGCUUUUAGAAGGAUUCUAGCCUGAGGGCAUCACAGGUCUUUAUAAAGGUUUUGGUACUGCAAUGUUCCGAAGUGUUCCCGUGAAUGCAGCAUGCUUCUUGGCGUACAAAAUGACAAGAUCAGCUCCGGAUGAUUCUUUCAUCAGCAAACUGGUAACAUUAAGAUCCCAUUUGGGGGCAUUUAGAGAAAAUUCUCCAUUCAGAUGAAAUAUUUAGAAAGAAAACAAAGAUGUGGUGGCAUCAAUGUUCCUGCUGCAGCUGAGAAACAAUCUUCUGAUUCAGAAAUCAAAGAGGCUUACUUUAAAGGAACAUUGUUGGAUCGUGUGGCCUCACUAGAACACAGGCUUUUCCAGCUUUGCGUAGAGGUGGAUUCAAGUGGCAGCUCUUACCCUCUGUCUCGUGCUUCUACACGAACUUCUGGAGAGUCUUCAUCAAGCCAGGGAUCCAAGGGAGAAAUAAGUUACUCAUUUCCAACCUUCAACAAUUUACCAAAUCAUGGAGAUAAAGGAAUCCCUCAGAAUCAUAAUAACAAGACACUUGAAUUCCAGGAAAAAUCUGAAAAUUUGCAGCAUCAAAAGAAAAACCCAUGCCCUGAUCCUAAGAAGCAAGUGGUGGUGAAGAACAGAGCCAAGAAGAAUGAAAAGAAACCCAAGAGUGCAAAGAAACAGAUUGCUCCUACUAGUUGGCCACAUUUAAAACUACUUGGCUGCUAAUUAUGCUCUUGACCUGGAUUAAUUUCUUUUUACUACUACUUUUAAUUGGUGUUGUUCUGGACAUUAAUUAUUAGAGAUUUAUGUUGUUGGAUUUGAACUAUGUGGUUUAUUGCUCUCCCAUAAUAAAGUACUACUAUGUGAG